AUGUUGCAGAAGUAUCGGAUGUUUCUGAAGAAAAUUGCAGACAAAGGAAUCCUUGAGGGAUUAUCUGAGAGAGCCUUGAGGUCAAGGUUUGCUAUGGGUCUUCCCACAGAUCUCAUCAGAGACCUUCAAAAGAGAGCUAGUCGUUUUCGUCAUUACGAACAUUAUCAUUAUCAACCUUACAGUACUGUAGCUAUGCCUCAGAUUCCUCACAAUCCUCCAACAACCAGAUUCUCUCUCGCCAAUCAAACCGUACUGGGACAACCAAACCAUUAUGGGACCAAUCAUCAUCGUCCUAUCGUCAAUGGAGGACUCAUGACUUCUGCAAAUUCCCUGACUGCAAAUGGUUUGAUGAGCAACUAUUCCUCACUGGGGAACAGCGGAAACUUCAACUAUGGCCCAUCUAAUUAUGAUAAUCAUAACAACAGCCUUGGGAUGAUAAUGCCUUAUGGAAGCUCUGGCUUCCAAAGAAGUCCUUGGACAUAUAAUAACCACCUUGGAACUCAUGUGAACAACAACGAUAAUAACCGUGGGAUGAUAGUGCCUUAUGGAAGCUCUGGCCUGCAACGAUGUUCUAGUACUUAUAAUAACCACCAUGGAACGCAACUGAACAACAAUCCUUCUCUUACAGUUGGUGCAUUGAAUCGAGUUCAUAACAACAGCUACAAUUACAGCAGCAGCAGCAAUAUAUUUGGCUUGUCAAAUAAUGGGAAUGCUUCAAAUAAUGCAAUUGUUCCUGUCUCGUCCUCGGCUGUGAAUGCCCGUGUUGAGCCAACUCGAUCAAACAUAUCUGCAGGGCUCCCAUCUUUGCCUCAGCAGUCAAUUAAUGGCAGUAGGAACGCUGUAGGUGGUAAUCAUGAUCAGCAUAAUACUGUCACUUCGGUGAAUCAGAGGGAAGCUGGCCAAAUGGAUGAUCUUGAUGAACUUUUCCUCAUGAUAGACGACAUGGUUCUUCUGGACAAGACUGCAGAGAGCCCCGGUGAACGUUCGAGUUCUGACAUUCUUAACUCCUUUAAUGUUGAAGACUACAUUGAGCUGUUGCAAGAAGAUGGUGAUCACGCAAGCGUUCAAACAAAUGAAAGAAGUCUCAAUGUUCAGCCGAACGAGUCCCCAUCUUGCACCAACAAAAACCCUAAUUUGGUGGUAAGCAACGAUGCAUCCACAAACUUGGAACCUUAUGACAUGUUCAUGGCGGAACAGACUAAUUCAUCAGCAGGAAAGUCAACUCCUCAAGAGCAGGAUUGGGACGAGGAUCUCAUUGAAACGUUGUUCGCUGCUGCAGAUUCCUGCCAGAAGUAA